GAAGGUCAUUCAAAGCUCGUUAACUCUAAUGCGGACUGAAGUCGGCUAAGAAUGAGAGUGUAGUUGGCGUCGGAGUGCAACGGAAGCAUGAAGAAUCGUUUCGUUAUUGCGUGCGCUUUUUUCUUCGCAAUCCUACAUCUUUCUCAAUCUCUGGAAUGCUAUUGCGAAUCCUGUGAGAACCAGCGAUGCUCAACCGACGGGAAAUGCCAAGUUACAAUUCACCGAAAAAGCCAGGAUGGAGCACUGUUCAAGUCUUAUCAGUGCAUCGACAGGGUGAAGUUACAACCACCGGAAAAUCCUAUCAUGUGCUACUCUCCCGAAAAGAACAAUCACGUGUACAAAGUUAAAUGUUGCGACGGUGAUUUCUGUAACCGUGAAGUUGACAUGACUCUAGCUACCCCGCCUCCGGAUGUUGCCAUUGCAUGGUCGCGUUCUCGUCAAGCUGCUCCUUCCGACGACGAUCGCAUCGUGCUACGGAAGUGGGAGAUGACACUCCUGAUUGCUGGAUCCUGUUUCCUUGUCCUUUGGGCUGUUGUCGGAGCGAUGUACAUCUGGAACGUAAGAAGAAAACUUGUUCGCGCUAAGCCAGACUCAACUUAUCAUCGCGUCGACGUCAGACCACAGCGAAGACCGGUUGGCAAAUCGUGUCUGUCUCUGCUUCGUAAAAUGAAGAACCGGACAAACGAGGAAACACCGGUUUGUCCGGAAACCGGCAGUGUGUCUUGUGACGCGGUUCCGUGGUCUAGUUCCGGCGCUGGACUUCCAUUGUUGGUGCAGAGAUCCGUAGCGCGGCAAAUCGCACUCAUCGAAGUGGUUGGUCAAGGUCGUUUUGGCGAAGUUUGGCGCGGACAUUGGCACGGUGAAGACGUUGCCGUCAAGAUAUUUUCGUCUCGCGAAGAAAAAUCCUGGCAGCGAGAAGUUGAAUUGUAUCAAACUGCAUCGUUACGUCAUGCGCAUCUGCUCGGCUUCAUUGCUGCGGACAACAAAGACUCUGGCACUUGGACCCAACUUUGGCUCGUCACCGAUUUCCAUCCCUUCGGGUCGUUGUACGAUUACUUGGCCAACAAUCAACUCGACUGCAACGUUACUUUGAAAAUGGCAUUGUCUAUUGCCACUGGACUGGCUCAUCUUCAUAUGGAGAUCGUUGGAACUCAGGGUAAACCGGCGAUAGCACAUCGUGACCUAAAAUCGAGGAACGUGUUGGUCAAGAGCGAUUUGACGUGUGCUAUUGCGGAUUUGGGAUUGGCAGUGAGACAUAAUUCCAGCUCGGAUACUGUCGACUUGCCAGCACCUUCCCAGAGACAAGGGACAAAGCGCUACAUGGCUCCCGAAGUCCUGGACGAGACCAUAAACUUGAGCUGCUUUGAGGCCUUCAGACGAGCGGACGUGUACGCGCUCGGCCUCGUCCUGUGGGAGCUGGGUCGGCGUUGUUCGGACGGUGUGAACGGGGCUUGCGAGGAUCGCCAACUGCCGUAUUUCGACCAAGUUCCCUCUGACCCAUCCAUCGAAGACAUGCGAAAGGUGGUGUGUCUGGACAGACAGCGACCCGGGAUCCCGUCACGCUGGGACGACACCCCGCUGCUCGUCGGUCUGGCUCGGAUCAUGAAAGAAUGCUGGUAUCACAAUGCUGCAGCGAGACUCACUUCAUUUCGCAUCAAGAAGAUGCUGGCUGGACUAAACGACGCGAGUGCGAGAAGUGUGGGAAAAUACGUGGAGACUGCCUCAUGGGGAAUCGAAUCACACAGCUCGAGUGGUUGUUCGGUGUAAAAAAAAAAAAGAAGAAAGAAACAACAGCAAGAAAAGCUGCCACACACUCACACUCGUAUACCUUGACCUCGUCCCUGCAACAUUUUUUGUUUCCGAUUUAUCGACUAGAAGCUUGUCUUUCUUUUUUUUGUUUCACCCUUUGUAUCCACUUUGUGGGUGAAAUCAACUCGAAACGAUCCUAAAGUCUUUCCGAAUUUUUAAUGUGCGAAAUGCAGGUGAGGAAAAAAAGGCGUGAGGAUCUUCCUGGGGAUCCUGUCGCACAGUCUGAGCAGUGUUCGGUACGAAGCAGAAAAUCCCCAGUAUUCAGCGUGUCAUCCAGCAAGGUUUAUUUCUUCGGAAGCUCUUUCGAAUUUCUCACCUAGUGUUGUACUACAUUAGAAAAGUCCCAGGUAUGUUGACCUCGAACCCGAUGAUUUAAAUUACCUCGGAAUCAAGAAGUUCAUUGUGCGAUUUUUUUUCCAUGGAAGUUUGAGGAUUUUGUUCUUCUUUUGACUCGUGUGUUUUUUCUGGAUUUGUCUUUUAAGGGAGUAUGUUUGAGAGGUGUAUUUAUAGGAUGUCCAGGAAGGUUGCUGUGCGGUGAUGAGUUCGUAAUCCAAAUAAUGCAUUUUCCCCGCCU